CGCCGCCGCCGAAAAAGGUAAAUGAUGUUCAAGUACCGGAUCCGCAUGUUUUUCAACGAGCUGAAGCUGCUGGUGUUGAUGCGGCGGGGCCGCCCGGAGCCCGAGCCUGGAGCUGGGGGAAGCCGGGGAGCGCUGGGCGGCAGUGGCUGCGGAUGGCCGCCCUUCGCCGAUUGCUCGGUCCAGCAGGACGAUGAAGCGGAGUAUUACGGCGGGGGAGGCGCCGAGACGCGGCCCCGGAGCCUGGCCUUGGAGGAGAAGGACCCUCGGCUUCAGCCCCCGGGGCACCAGCCGGGGCACCAGCCCGCCGCGGGUGGGGCCGGAGGAGCUUUGGACUCAGUGUCGCUCAGCAGCAGCUUGGAUAGUGGGAUGAGGACCCCGCAGUGCCGGAUUUGCUUCCAGGGACCCGAGCAGGGGGAGCUGCUCAGCCCCUGUCGCUGUGAUGGUUCCGUCCGCUGCACCCACCAGCCUUGCUUGAUUCGCUGGAUCAGUGAGAGGGGCUCCUGGAGCUGUGAGCUGUGCUAUUUCAAGUACCAGGUCUUAGCCAUUAGCACAAAGAAUCCGCUGCAGUGGCAGGCAAUUUCCCUGACGGUGAUUGAAAAGGUGCAAAUUGCAGCCAUCAUCCUGGGUUCCCUCUUCCUCAUUGCUAGCAUCUCCUGGCUGAUUUGGUCAUCCCUCAGCCCCUCGGCCAAGUGGCAGCGGCAGGACCUGCUCUUCCAGAUCUGCUACGGGAUGUAUGGUUUUAUGGACAUUGUCUGCAUAGGUCUGAUCACUCACGAAGGCUCCUCGGUGUAUCGAAUAUUCAAGCGCUGGCAGGCAGUGAAUCAGCAGUGGAAGGUGCUGAAUUAUGACAAAGCCAAGGACCUGGGGGAACCCAUUGGCGGGAGCACAAAGCCGGGGGGGCGGAAUUCACGGACGAAUCCCUCCUCAGGGAGUGAGAGGACCUCCCAGCGGGGCCAGCGGGUUAGGACUAUUUUGAACCAUCACUGUGGUUAUACAAUUCUGCACAUUCUCAGUCACCUGCGGCCUAAUGAACAUCGUGGGGGCUCCGGUUCCAGCCGUGAAGUUGUCAUGAGGGUGACGACCGUAUAAUAACAGCCUAGGGAGCUUUUGUCAAGAGGGAGAGGCCCUGCAGAUCCGAUGGAAGGAAGACACCGAUGCCCUCGCUUCCACACACAGGCUCUGUUCUGAGCCCCUACGGGGUUGGCCACACGCUGAAUACUGUCCGAUGAAGGAGGCACCCGGUUCUGUGGCAUUGCUACAGACUGCACCCAGUCCUUCCUUGUAAGGGAGGAGUGCCUCAAUUUGGUUUCCUCUUCCUGAUCUCCCAUCAAUGUGAAUUAUUUUCCUUUUCAUCCAGGCCUGUGAUGAAAGGAGAGACAUCCCAUCCUGCCCCAGCCCAGCCCUCCUGACGCCACCUCCCUGGCUUCUCUUGUUAUGAUUAAACUCUUUGGAAGUUGGGUGGGCUUUUAUUUAUUUUAUUUUAUUUAUUUAAAAAUGGCCCUUGCUGGGUCCCUUUCUGGACAAGUCUUGGCGCCAACCAAUCCAGAAAUUUGGAAACAUUUUUACCUCAUCUUUCAAAGGAAAUCCUGCCAGAAGAACCAUGCCUUUCCACCCUCAUCCUGUUGCUCUCUUUCUCUCUGACCAGGAGAUGCCAACCAGAGAGGUUCUGAACUUUGACCAACCCCUCCCAAAAAAUAAAUUUAAAAAAUGGUGCAAUAAACAUGUUUCUUAAAGCAAAAUGGCAUCUUGCAAUAAGAUUGCUGCACAUUUCAUCUUUAAUUUACUGCAUGAAAAUCUGUUUCUCCUCUUCUCCCUU